CGACGCGACGCGUCUUCUUGAUCUCGACCAUGGUCGACGCGAUGGACGUCGACGGCGGCGCGACGACGAAUGCCAGUGAGGACGUGGUGAAGGAGGAGCCUGUGCCAUCGCCGGUGCCCCCGCCAGCGGCGAAGACGGUGGUCACUCGUUCGCUUAUGCCCAUUGCUGCAACGAUCAUCACAACUGAGGAGGCUGGGCCUAGCAAGGCUCCUCAACCUAAGGAAGAGGAAGAGGAGGAAGGUCCGAAACCCAUCCCCUACGACCCCAACAAGCCCCACUACACGACGCGCUACAUCUUGACUGGGCACGCGCGCUCGAUCUCGGCGGUCAAGUUCAGUCCGGACGGAAAGCUGCUGGCGUCCUGUGCCGCCGACAAGACAAUCAAGAUAUGGGAUCCCGAGAUUGGAGAGAUCGUGCAUACCUUGAAGGGCCACGAGGAGGGCAUCUCGGACAUAGCGUGGUCCAACGAUGGUCAGUACAUCGCAAGCGCGUCGGAUGACAAGACGGUCAGGAUAUGGAGCGUCGCGGAUGCCAAGGAAGUGAAGCGCUUGAUAGGGCAUACGAACUUCGUGUUCUGUGUCGCUUACAACCCGGCGGGCAACCUUAUUGUCUCCGGAGGGUUUGACGAGACCAUACGGAUAUGGGACGCGUCUAAGGGCAAAUUCGUUCGCUUCAUGCCUGCACAUUCCGACCCCGUUACCUCGGUCGGAUUCAGCCACGACGGGACUAUGAUUGUAUCCUGCGCUAUGGAUGGCUUGAUGUAUGUCUUCUUUUCUGUAGCCCUGCUUCGUUCUGACCAGCCGACAGACGCAUAUGGGACACCGAGUCCCGGCCAGUGUCUCAAGACCCUCGUCGACGAUGACAAUCCCAUCUGGUACGAUUCUCUGCCCCCUCGUGUGCCUCCCUCACACCUACAUGCUCAUACCGCGCCCAGCUCGCACGUCCGCUUCACGCCAAAUUCGAAAUUUGUUCUCGCCUCGACGCAGGACUCGACGGUGCGGCUAUGGAACUACCACGCCUCGCGGCCGGCGAAGACGUACACCGGGCAUGUGAACCGCACAUACUGCAUUCCGUCCUGUUUCGCGACCAGCAGGACGGGCGAGCGGUUGGUGUUGAGCGGCAGUGAGGAUGCGAGGGUGUACAUCUGGGAUCUGCAGUCGAGGCAGUUGGUGCAGGUGCUUGAAGGGCACAAGGAUGUCGUGUUGGGUGUUUCGGUGCACCCAACGAAAUGUAUGCUGGCUACCGCCGCGAUGGAGAAGGAUCUGACGAUUCGGAUAUGGGAGGAUACUUUGACGUGACAUCGAGCGAUUCUUUCGAGUUGUACGGCCAGGAUGAGCCAUCGUUGUUCCCUACUAGUCUUGUUCAAUUGUAUAUCUGUGCUCUUGCGCCUGAAA